UGUAGUUUGAAUGUGUGUGCUGGUGUGGUCCUGCGCUCAAGAUAUUCUCCUACUAUUGUUGUCAUAAUCCUGAGUCGCCUAAGUUCGUCGGUCGUUGUCAUCCUCGCCGUCUUUGUGUGUCGCGUGCUCCCGAAAACGUUUAAUUCCUCGUCCUUCGGAUACGUUGUACACGGCGCAUACACAGUAAUAGUUGCUGUUACCAGUUACUAUCGUACGGGUGCGUGCACCCCGCCAAACAUUUUCCGCCGUCGGUCAGUUUUCUUAGCUAGGUCGUUUCUGCUUCCGAGUUUCUCUCGUGGUGCUGGGCCGAUCGCGUGUCAGCGAUUCGCAGUGCAACUUGGUAGUGCAGUGCCUGUUGAGUCGGUCAGAUGAUAAACACGAGCAGAUGUAAUGGAGGUGCAUGCACCGUGGUGAUGCCAAAAGCCGAGUGCCGGAUGGUCAACGGCGGUAGCGGAGGUGGAUACGUGAACCGUUGCGAGCAAGCGCUCGAUGACAAAAACGAAAUGGUCCUGGCCACGUCCAAGAUAACAGGUAACGGUGACCAGAUAGUGGCUACUGUCACUAACAAUGGUACCUAUUCGUCGUCAAACACCUCCGAAGUGGUCUCCCUUCAGGUACAUAAUAUGGCGCUUGAUGAAAUCAAGAAAAUGAAUGAAAAGAUUAAACAGAUGUCCGAGGAAAUAUAUUACUGGAAACGUAAAGUAGAAGAAUUUGAAAAACACUCUACUAAUAAUGUAAGUGCAGCUAGAGAUGAUCCCUUAGAUGUACUCCCGUUUACACCUGUAUCUUCGACAUGUUCAUCUGGUAUGGGUGAUAUGAGUACAGUUGAACUACAAGAAGUUAAACCUAGAAGACGUAGGAACCGACAAGUGGCCAAUAAAUUACCCAACUCCAAUCCAUUAGAGCCUAGCCAGAUAAAACGACAAAGAACUAGGAGUACUCGUGCAAAAUCAAAUGAAUCAGGUUCAGGUAAAAUGCAGGAGUUUUCUUUGAUCACAGCAGAUAAUGCGUAUUACACAUGCUUAGGAAAUUAUGAUCCUGUAAAAGAUGAACCCAUUUCUGAAAACUCUAAUAGUAAUUUAGAAAUUCCUAGUUGGAGGAUUAAACCAUACUCAAGUUGGUAUUCAAUGGAAGGUACUGAAAAUAUGUCUGAUGAUAUUUUUGAAAACAGGCAUUCUAGACUUGAACUAAGCGAACGUAAAAGAAAAAGAUGGGAUAUGCAACGACUGAGGGAAUUAAGACGAAUAGAAUAUUUGAAAGAAGGGCGCAAUAAACAUCAUUCGCAGAAAUCUAAUGAAAAAGAUAAACAGGAAUUAAUAACUUUAUUGCCAAAUCCUGUAAAUAUUAAGGCAAUUGAAAUAACUGAUAAUUUACCUGUAUCUGCAUUUGGAAGCAAUUUACAUGUUAAAAAAAAUCUUAAAUUGUUUAAAUUUACUCAUAGUCAAUGGUGUAAUGAUGGGUCUAAAAUACCACUAGAACAAAACAAUGUGCGAGGACUUCGUUCUUCAGGCCGUAUACAAAUUUUUGACUCAAUGUAAAUGUUUAUUUACAGUUAAGUUUUUGAGACAAAUAUAAAAGAUCUGGAAUCUUUCACUUCAAGUAUAUGAUAAUUUAUUAAGUAUCAUAAAACAGUUAUUAUAUGUAUAAAAUACAACCAGAGAAUAAUAAAUUUACUGUUGUGAUAUUUAUCUAGUAUUUAGGUAACAAUACUGUCUGUUAAGUUAUUUAU